CCCUCUCAUUCAUCUAACAGGAGGGAGGGUUUGGGACAGAGCUGAGGGGAUUGGCAACAGGUUUCACUGCACUGGUCCAAAUACUUCAGCUAACAACCAGCUCUUUCUUUAAUGCACAUGGAUAAAUUUGUCAGAUGUUAACGGUCAGUUUUUAUUUCUGUGGAUUUAUUUGCUUCUUCUUCCGGAAUAAUAAUUAAAAGAUGAUUAAGACCAUGUUUGAACAUGCAAAGAAACAUCCUGGGUUAAUCCCUCAAUUUUUCUUCCUGACUCUGGGCAUCACAGGGGCCACCUUCUAUCUGAUCCGCCUGGCAAGAGGACCUCAUGUCACCCUGUGGGACAAGAAGAACAACCCAGAGCCCUGGAACAGGCUCGACCCAACCUACCAGUACAAGUUUGUGGCGGUCAACACGGACUACAAGAACCUGAAGAAAGAUGGCCCUGACUUCUAAAGGUCCUCCAGGCAACUCCAGGGGCACCAAGUUUGGCAGGACCUCCUGCUGUCGCCUCAGUGGUGUGAAACGUCAUCCUGAAUAUUUCCUCAGUCUCACCUCCACGGCAACAGCUCUGAAUUAACACUGUAACCCUGUGGGUAAACUAUUAAAGAUAACAUGAGACAGA